UAUGUCAUGUGAUAGAAUUCCCAUCAAACAUCAACUCAAGCGUGAUCCAUCUUUACGAAGGAAAUACACAAUCUUCAUGCACUCAAAAAGGUGUAGGAACCAGACAGGAGGUGCAAUAUCCACUUCGAAUAACUAUUUAUGUGGAGACGCUAUAGUUUGAAUAUCAAUAUAUCGGUAUAGUUGGUUUGUGAAAGAUGACAAGAAAUUCCGUCCUUAUAUCUGUUAUGUUUGUUGGUAUAUUUUUUGUCGUGUACCAAAACGAAGGAGCGUCAAUUAGGAUACGGUUACGAGGACCUUUGGAGGCGGAUGGUACUGGUCGUGUUGAAGUACUCCACAAUGGACAAUGGGGAACAAUCUGUCAUGAUGAAUGGGAUUUCAGAGAUGCUAGGGUUGCCUGUCGUCAACUUGGUUAUAUAGACGCUGUGAGAGCUCUUUAUCAUGGGAAACAGGUUCCUUCUGGCUCAGGCCAAAUAUGGCUUGACGAUGUCGCUUGUACAGGAAAGGAACAAAAUAUUUCUAGUUGUUCGCACAAAGGAUGGGGAGUAAAUAAUUGCAAACACGCCGAAGACGUUGGAGUUGAAUGCGAAACGUCAAUUAGGUUACGAGGACCUUCCAAGGCGUAUGGUACUGGUCGUGUUGAAGUACUCCACAAUGGACGAUGGGGAACAAUCUGUGAUGAUGGAUGGGAUAUCAGAGAUGCUAGGGUUGCCUGUCGUCAACUUGGUUAUCCAGACGCUGUGAGAGCUCUUAAUAGGGAUCAGGUUCCUUCUGGCUCAGGUCAAAUAUGGCUUGACGGGGUCGCUUGUACAGGAAAGGAACAAAAUAUGGCUAGAUGUUUGCACAGAGGAUGGGGAGUAAAUGGGUGCUUUCAUGCCCAAGACGUUGGAGUUGAAUGCAGUACAACAGGAUCUCUCUUGACACGGACCAUAACAACAGUUCGUCCCAAAACUGGUUCAAAGACCACCAUUUCGUCUUUCCUUGAAAAACGAACAACAAGUAUUCCUAGUACAGAAAGACUUGGAACAGAAAAACGAACACCAAAUAUUCCAAGUACAGAAAGACCUGGAACAGGAAUACAAACACCGAAUUUUCCAAGAACAGAGAGACCUGGAACAGAUUCCAAGAAAUCAAUUUAUGGAACUGAAUGGUAUAUUAUCGUGGCAUUGGUGGCGUCUGGAAUUUCUACUGGAAUUUUCUUUUCUUGCAUUGUGGUGUGUCUUUGGCGUCGUUCGUCGAGGAAGAAUGAAUGUGAGGAAAACUUCCCCCAGCAGAGAACCGAUGUUGAUACAAAUGUGACAUACGCGGAGCCGAAUGUUCCAGAAACGAAUACUGAGAGCAAUUACGUGCAGCCAUAUGAAAUCAGUUCGGACGGAAAUGCGUCAUCUUAUACGGAGUUAAAUGCAAUCCGAGAUGUAGAAAACAAUUAUCAAGGUUUAAUUAAGAAACAGUAAUGAAACAUAUCAUAUAAGCUCUAUUACUAUGGUGUAACCAGACUUGACUAGUCAAACCAAGCCGUAUUAGGCAAUUCUAAUCGUGAUUCCUUGGACCCCGCCACGCAUUCAAUAUUAGGGCGAUUCUCCAUUACCACCUGCUUCACCCCUGUGGACUUUGAAAAACUGCCCAUGCGACCAUGACGGGCCUGAAAAACAAAGAACGCCUCGCCCGCGCGGGCGGAGUGCACGUAUAUAAUGGAGAAUCGGCUUUAUGUGAAUUGUCGAACCAAGUUUUCCCGAAUGGAAAUUUAAAAACGCAUGUCAAAAUAUCUUCUCGUCAAAAAGCCAAACUUCUCAUUAUAAAUGAUUUUAUCUUGCCUAAAUAAAAUAAAAUCGAAUAUAAGUGUUUAGGCUUGGGACUGGACGAGAG